AUGCGCAUUGAAAGGACUAUCAGUUUUCUUGUGUUAGUGUUUUCACAUCUAUUAAUCAUAAAUGGUAUAGGCGGCAUUGGAAACUUGUAUCAAAGUUUCAACACAAACGAGCAUAAUCCAAUGCAUGGAGAUAUUUUGAAAUUGUUGGGGAGUAUCAAAUUGAAACUGAACUAUGGAUACAUUAUCAUAUGGAGGAAUGGUAUUGAUACUGCCACAGAAGAGUGCAUAUUUGAGACCUUAAUCAAGAGUUUGUCUAAUGAAACGGUGAUAGUCAUGGACAAUGCAAUAUUUAACAGUUACAACUUUGAGAAGGACAGACUUGCCAAGACUGGUUUAAUGUUGAGAUGUUGGGGCAAUACCGAAGUCGUGCCUAAUAUACAGUUAACGGAUCUGUUGCUUGGCCAGUUAAUUUGGGCUCAAGAGGAAAUAUUAAUCAGCAAUAUUUGCCGAAAAGUUAAACACGACCUGCUGUUUAAUAAAUUUGUCAUUGGCAAAAACUCUUUCAUGUACCAAAUAGUUCACACCUGUAAUAUGGAAAAUCCAUUGAAGCUGAACUCUUCUACGCUAAGAAUGCUUCAUCGAUUCGCAAGUGAUGACAUGCGACGAAUGAAAGUAGUGACCGAGUCCAAUCAGGUGCCUCCACGCAGCAUUUUGUAUCAUGAUGCAGCAGGAAAUUUGCAAUUGGAUGGGUUUGUGGCCAACUGUAUAACAACAUUUGCCGAAAGAUAUCACGCUACAUUGGUAAUAAUUCCGCCUCCGAUAUUGGGUCAAGCGGUUUUCUAUGAAGUCUUGUUAAAUAAAACAUCCGAAGGUUUAAUUGAUAUUCCAGCCAUGGCGAGCCCCUAUAAAAGUACUAACCAACGAUUGAAGAGCAUAUACUACUCCUAUCCCCUGGAGAUAACGGAUCUCUGUUACAUGAUCCCGCUGCCUCAUCUCAUGGAAGCCAACAAAGUAUUUGUGUACAUUAUACACACUGAUGUUAUGAUUAUUAUCGCAAUUCUUAUCAUUAUCUACGCCAUACUCCUGACUAUAGCAACGCAAAAAUCGACCAGAAUUCUUUCCUUAUCAAAUAUAUUGUUGAAUGACAAGAGCAUACGUGUUCUCUUGGGUCAGUCUUUCGUUAUGCCCUUAAAGCCAUGUCUCUUUAUGCAAUACGUGUGUUUCCUCUCGUGCUAUACAAGUUUGAUCAUCUCCACCACCUAUCAGGCUUAUCUGCAAUCGCAUCUGAUACACCCGGCCUUCGAAAAACGUAUAGAGACCUAUGACGACAUGAGAAGCACUGGGAUGAGAAUUCUAAUUACGACACCUAAUUCAGAUUUCAUGGAUCUCUCUGUUUAUAUCAGAAAUCAAGACCUCUUUCUCCCUCAGGAUUCACUUGAUAAGUUGUUAAAACUUCGUGACACCAUGGAUACACGGUAUGCCUAUCCCGUGACCAACUCCAGGUGGGAGGUUUUUCAACAACAGCAACGUUUAUUUCAGAGACCCUUGUUUUACUUUUCCCACAAUUUGUGUUUGAAGAAACACGUUUUUCUGGCCAUACCUAUGCGACAUAACAUGCCCUACAGGGCCCUAUUCGACAAGCAUAUAAUGGAAUUGUGGCAAAUGGGUUUAAUGCAGCAUUGGAUCCAUACUAAUUUCUAUACAAUGGUCCUUCGGAAUUAUGCAACAUUCGAGGAUUUAAGCACACCCGACGAGUUCGCCGAUGCCAUUGAGUUAAAUGAUUUCAAAUGGAUUUGGGCAUUUUUUGCAGGUUUUCUUAUGAUGGCAUCUCUAAUAUUUCUUUGUGAAUUGAUUUACUUUCACAAAUUUUUAAAACUACCAAAAUAA